GGAAACUCUAGUAUUAACCAUCAUUAUCGAUUGGCACGAUGAAACACAGCAAGAACGAACGUGUUUUGCCCUCUCAAAGUCACCGACAUGGAGUACGCAAGUAAGGAUCUCACCAUCCGCAAACUCAGGCGCACAACCGAUUUCGAAAAUCUCACUUUCCGUAUAGGCGGCUAUACCGAACAUGAGCUUGGGCGCUUCUACCAUCUGUGGAGGAAUGGCCAAGUCCUAUGUAUCCAAGCAGAACCUUAUCGUCGUCCUGGCAUUGACUAUCUUCAAUCACCCUCGACUCAGAACUUAUGCUCAUCUGACAAGGAGGCCUUUUAUUACCUGCAAGAAGUGCUGCAGACGAUGCUCGAUAAUCUGCAGUUUGGUACAGAGAACAAUUGUGCACAUCUUGUGAGGCAAAAGGACAAUACCUACAGCCUGAUCUACACUAGAAAGGAGUUUGUUCGUUUGAAAUGCCCGGUUUGGACGAAGAAGGUCAAUUUGGAUGAUAUAGAAAUUACUCGCAUUGUGGACUGCGCUUUAUGGGAGGGAAUUCACGAAGAAAUGGAAGUCGACCUCUUCAUGGGCGUACACGCACUUUGGUCUCAAUUUGUUGCUGCAGAGAGUCUUGGGCAUAAGCUCAUGAACGAGGCUGGUGUCAGCCAUUACACUUAUAAACUACUCGCCCACGUUUACAAAAGUGGAAUGAUCAUUGGUGUCAUGUGUGAGCCCAUUAUUGGACGGCGCGUGUGUCCUACCGAUCGUGCCGCUGUUUUUGCAGCAGUAGCUGAUAUCCAGAGACACGGAAUUCUAUUGGGAUCUCUCCUCCCUCACGAUAUCCUUAUCACUGAGGAAGGUGUUCGCUUCCUGAAUAUCUCCGCUGUUCAAUUUUACAAGGAUCACGAUAAGCUAGCGGCCGAGGCAGAGACAUCUCACUGGGCUGAAUUGGCGAAUACCUUUGGGUCAGGAAUGAUAGCACCCCACACCCCACUUGGCUCUAGAGCACGUGACGCCCUAUCCUACGUUAUACCUCGCCUGCCUUCUCCUGGGCGUCCAGUUUACACCACUCCCGAGCUGGCCAUGAUGCGAUUUGUUUGGUCGGUGAUGACAUCACCGGGAGAGUUUGCUCGUACAGACGUUCUGCCAUUGCUCAAGUUCAGAGACUCGGAGCAGCAACGGAAGAAAUCCGCCGUCACUCAUGAUCCAAAACACAGAAGACGUGCAAAGAUUAGUCACAAAGUACUAAUCGCACCUCUUGAUUAUUCGGAAUCGGAAAACCGCUUUGAAGAACUUGACCAAAUCGUCCCUACUGAUGAUGAACCCUACAAUCCAAAGUGGCGUUCUUCACAACACACCCCGUAUGAGCGCCCGAAGAAGAAGCUCCUUCUCCCACCAAGGGAUGAUGAAUGAUCCAUGAGUUUCAACUCACAGAACGCAUGUCGGUGGAUCAAUCCACGCUCAAUCUGGAGGGUCUAGAUCCACAGGUCAUAUUCACCUUAUAUUUAAUCUCAAGGAAAUUAUUUAAUCCGUUCGUACUUUGCUGCUAUCUAAGCUAGCAGCUAUGGGAUGAAGCGUUAAUUGGACCGCUAUUCGUGUCAGUGAUGUCGCGAGGUAGUGGGCAUUGCGGAGAUAAUCUCGAUGGGUCUUGAAUCUUGAUUGUGUGUUUGUCGAGCCCUGUACAUAUGUCUUAAUUACAGUGUACAAGCUAUCCCUGUUUAUAGAUUUUACCAGAGAUGUUCAGGU